CUAAAGCUUGGAGGAGUGAGUGGGGAAGGGUGGCGAGAGUGGAGGGACACGAACGAGGAAAAGCAACAAGCGCUUGGGCAUCGAGGAGGAAAGAUCGUUGAUCGAAUGGUGGUUGGCUCGUUUGCCUCGCAGGCCGACCUCGACCUCGAACGAACCCGGCCACCACCACCAGCUCCAGCUCCACCACGAGCAAUCAGCUGCAGCUGCUGCAGCAGCAGGGCCCAGCCCCGAGCCGUCUGUGGGACCGAGCUGAUCACGCGGCACUCGCUGGCUCUGCUGGUGGUAUUCAGGCACCACUGAGCUCUCAUCCAACGAGGAGGAGGAGGAGGGCGAGCAGCAGCAGCAGCAGCCCAGCAAGGUGAGCGAGUCGUCCCGUCCUGCAUCUGGUUUCUGAAGUGAGGCUGUCAGUCCAAACAUUCGCCUUUCCUCGAGGUCCUCUCGUUCAGACAUCGAUCGUUCUGUCUGCUCUCGUCUCGUAACGCAUUCUCGCGUCGCUGCCUGAGGCUUGCACGGAGCCGAGGCUCGCGCAAGAGAAGAAGUCGAUCAGAAAAGGAGUCGAAUUGGAGCGACCAUGGCGUCCGAGAUCGCAGCCGCGACAUGGCUGACAGUGCUGAUGGCACUGGUGGCAUUUCUGAGCGCCGAGGGCCGCAACCUUCUGGCGGAAGACACGCCCGCCACCAAGACUAAGAACAAAACCGUCGAAGAAAUCCUCACGUACGAGACCUUCAAUGGCAUCUUCCCCCACAGGAACGACCCGCUCUCCAAAGCGCAGGGCUUUUACACGUACGAGUCUUUCAUCCAGGCGGCGGGCAUGUUCAAGGACUUCGCCACCGUGGGCGGCGAGCAAAUGCAGAGGCGCGAGCUCGCUGCGUUUUUGGCCCACGUCGCUCGCGGAACCACAUGUGGUUUCUCCAAAGCCACAGACGGUCCUUACGCCUGGGGUCUGUGCUACUACCAAGAGCUCUCCCCAUCCAGCCUCUACUGCAAGGACGACUUCAACUAUCCCUGCGUGGCCGGAGUGAGUUAUCACGGUCGUGGAGCCUUCCCCAUCUACUGGAACUACAACUACGGGCCCGUAGGCAAGGCUCUCGACAUCGACCUUCUGAACCGUCCCGACAUGAUCUCGAGCAACUCCACUUUGGCCUUCGCAUCUGCGAUGUGGUACUGGAUGACUCCCCAGAAGCCCAACCCUUCCCCUCACUCGGUCAUGGUCGGCGAAUGGGAGCCCACCGACGACGACAAGCUCGGAUACAUUUUACCUGGAUUCGGAGCGACCACCAACAUUCUGAACGGACAGAUCGAAUGCGGCCACGGUGAGGACUGGCGUGGACAGGAGAGAAUUAGCUUCUACCAAACCUUCGCUGCGUACUUGGGCGUCGAAGAUGUGGGUGAGAACCUCGACUGCGGGCUGCAGAAAAUGAUGCCCUCAGGAUACACCGUCAUGUAGAGGAUUCGGCCCUGGCGGCGGUAAUGUCGUGGGAAAUCGGGGGGCUCUGAAGGGAAUUCUGGUGCAUGAUCAUCACUGCGUCUGUACGUGUGGCUGGCUGGUCGACCUUCAAAGCCCGAUGGACGAAUGCUCGGAACGAAGGAAAGAAGUAAGGAUCGAAGAACACAUGAGUGUAAAAUCAGAUAGAUAUAAACACACUGUCUUGUAUAGAUAAGGUUGUGAGAAGGCGCUCGGAUCUCGGAGGGCGUAGCUGUCGGUGGCCUGUGAUUCUGAACUGAUUCGGCGUCUUCUCGAGUCAAGCACCGUGCGAGUAUGGAGGAUGGAAGGGUACCUGUCCCUACCGAGUCUCAUCUACGAUUUGUACCUAAUUUUCUUGUGAAAAGAUUUGUAAGCUAAAGCAACCAUCUGCUAUGCCAGUGCUGCAAUAAGUCUCUCUCCCGGUGGAUGCCCAUCAUUGUAGGAAGGAAAGGCCAUCUUUGUCACCGGAUGUUCACUGACAGUGCGAUAGCUCUGCCGCCCAAGCGUCGGUGAUCUGUUGCCUGAACGUCCCAUCGUCAGAUGUGGAAGUUUCUAGGUCGUACUCUCGCGUAUUCCAUACACUUCUAUGUAAAGCUGAUCUCAUGCAUUAUAAUCAAUUUAAGCGACUUGUAUUUUACUCAGCAAUGUGAGAGCUGUUGCCUGAGCUAAUCUCUCAACCAGAUAUC